UAAGGCUGUGCCGCGCUCCUACGUCUGUGAUUCAGCUGAAGAAAGGACAAAGUGUCCAAACAAACAAAAACUCCUGGUGAAGCAACGGAGAUCCACGUGACACACUAUUAUAAAGAUGACAUUCAUUGAAGAGGAGAAGACAUGAAGAUUGAAGAAACAUUCAGAGUCAAACAAGAAGAUACUGAGGAACAAACAAAGAUGGCAUUUAUUAAAGAGGAGAGUGAAGACAUGAAGUUUGAAAAAACAUUCACAGUCAAACAUGAAGAUACUGAGGAACAAACAGACAUGACAGCACUUAAAGAGGAGAGUCAAGAAAUGAAUGAAGCAGAAGAGAAAGAUCGGUGUAAUAAACUUGAUUUCAUGACUGCAGAAAGAAAAUCCACAAAGACUGUAAAGAUUUCCUCAGGAAGCAAAGCUCAAGAAUGUCAUGAGUCUUGUGGUCAGUGUGGAAAGUGUUUCAGAGAUAAAGCAAACAUUCAUCAGAACAUGGGAAUUCACUCAAGAGAGAACAUAUGUCAUCAGUGCAAACAGAGAUUUACAGACAACAAACAGCUUAAGAAUCAUGUCAAAAUUCACAUUGGAGAAAAUCCUUUCAUGUGCCAUCAUUGUGGAAGGGGUUUCCUAAAACAAGUACACCUCAGAAUUCACUUGAGAGUUCACACCAGAGAAAAGCCUUUCACCUGCCCUCAGUGUGGAAAGAGAUUCUCUCAAAAACAAAACAUUAAAGUCCACAUGAGAACUCACACUGGAGAGAAGCCUUUCACUUGCACUCAGUGUGGACACAGUUUUACAUGUAAAGAAAACCUUAAUGAACACAUGAAAAUCCACACCGGAGAGAAGCCUUUCACCUGUCCUCAUUGUGGAAAGAGUUUUGCUAAAAAACGAAACAUGACAGUCCACAUGAGACUUCACACUGGAGAAAGACCUUACACGUGUCUUUGGUGUGAGGAGAAUUUCACCUAUCAAAGAGACCUAAAACAUCAUUUGCGAACUCAUUCAGGGAAGCAAUUGCAGUGUUCCUCAGUGUAGUAAGAGGGUUACAAGGUACAGAAGUUUCAGAAAUAACCUGCAUGUUCACUGUGGAGUAGGCUGUCUCAUUUUUUUUUAAGUGUAAUUUUAAAAUCAUCACACUUAAAAAUACACAUGAAGAUAUCAUGCAGAUGUAAGUCCCUCGAAUUUGCUAUAGUUUUGAUGCCUUUUGAAUUCCAUAAGUAUAACUUUGUUGUGGUCAUUUUUGUUAAACAUAAUUUCUGUUGUUACAGAUAAUGAAAAUCUCUUAUUUUCAUUUUAACAAUAAUACCAACAUUGUGUUGAAUUGUAAUAGUGGCAAAAUUUGAAAAAAUUCAAAAAUUGAAUUGUAA